AUGCACCAGACCCACAAAUGCACCAGACCCACAAUGCACCAACUUAGUACCAGACCCGCACCAGACCCUAAUACCAGACCCACAAUGCACCAGACCCACAAUGCAUCAGGCCAAUGCACCAGACCCACAAUGCACCAGACCCACAAUGCACCAGACCCACAAUGCACCAGACCCACAAUGCACCAGACCCACAAUGCACCAGACCCACAUGCAUCAGACCCACAAUGCACCAGACCCACAAUGCACCAAACCCUGCACCAGACCCACAAUGCACCAGACCCACAAUGCCAACCCACAAUGCACCAGACCCACAUGCACCAGACCCACAAUGCACCAGACCCACAAUGCACCAGACCCACAAUACACCAGACCCACAAUGCACCAGACCACAAUGCCAGACCCACAAUGCACCAGACCACAAUGCCCAGACCCACAAUGCACCAGACCCACAAUGCACCAGACCCACAAUGCACCAAACCCACAAUGCACCAGACCCACAAUGCACCAGACCCACAAUGCCAGACCCACAAUGCACCAGACCCACAAUGCACCAGACCCACAAUGCACCAGACCCACAAUGCCAGACCCACAAUGCACCAUACCCACAAUGCACCAGACCCACAAUGCACCAGACCCACAAUGCACCAGGCCCACAAUGCACAGACCCACAAUGCACCAGACCCACAAUGCACCAGACCCACAAUACCAGACCCACAAUGCACCAGACCCACAAUGCACCAGACCCACAAUGCCAGACCAAUACACCAUACACAAUGCAGACCCACAAUGCACCAGACCCACAAUGCACCAGACCCACAAUGCACCAGACACAAUGCCAGACCCACAAUGCACCAGACCCACAAUGCACCAGACCCACAAUGCACCAGACCCACAAUGCACCAGACCCACAAUGCACCAGACCCACAAUGCACAGACCCACAAUGCACCAGACUAUACCAAUUUAAAUGA